AUGGACACCACCAUGGCGACGACCUCCACUUCCACCUCCCACAGCCUUCUGAGACGCGGCGCCAGGAUAGCCCGCUCGGUCCUGACCAGCCGAAAGGAAUGCGUGGAAAACUCGCAGGUCAACACCUGUGAAAAGCCGUCCAUGUCCACAGACGCAACAAUCGGUAUCAUGGUAGCAGUUGGAGUUGUCGCCCUCGUCGCCGUCUUUGGCGUCCUGGUCAUGCUUCAUCUCCGUGCUCAGCGCAACGCCAAAGCCGAAUUUGCGAACGACCACCACGACCUCUCCGACUACGGCCUAGACGAAAUCCCAGCUAAGAAGGGAGGCAAGAGCGGCCACCUACAACAACCCACCACUCAAAUGAAUCGUCUUUCGGCGCAAGAACUCGUGGAGGCUCAGAAUCCGUUCGGAGCAGGGGCAGAGCUGUCAGACACAGACAAGAUGUCGAGCAGGGGCAGCCCACCAAAAUAUCCCGACGCAGUGAAGAUGUAG